AUGGUAUCGUGUGUAGGAAUGCCUAGUGUCAAAAGCCGUACCUACAGAAACACCAUUAUCUAUCGUUCAUUGUCGCAAACCUCGAGUCGCUCAAUGGUUGUCAAUUGUUUCAUCCCCGUCCCCUACAAUGGCACCGGCGUCCAUCUUGAUAACACUUACACCGUUACUAGGUAAUGAAGAACUCCCUACCCCUCAAACAAAGUCUCGAACCGCCCAAGGUUUAGCGACGAUCACUCACAGAAAUCAUUUUGGCAAAAUGGCUGUCUAAAUCGCCAAGGUCUUUUCUGUGCCAAGUCCUUAGACGGUAGAUACGUAACUAUUUCUAGCUUUUGGCAGCCAUGAUAUGAGUGCAGAAGAGAUGCAAUGGCAGCCAUGACAAAGGAAAAGAUAACACUGUCACCGUACGCGUCCCCAUCAUCUACUCCCAGGAUACAGGCGGUCAAUGCUCGGCUCAUCCGCAGACAGGGGAUCCUAGCCCAGCUAUGUAUCCGAUGUGGAGGUUACAGCGGCUCGGACAAUGAGUACUGUAUGAAGUGUCGAAGCAGUCAGUGGAAGACUAAUCCCCUAAUGAGGAACUAUGACGAUGUGUACCGAGUGUACAUCGAGGAGCAGCGAGAGAAGAUGAAAAAUAUAAAAACACUAAGCGAGCCGGAAGGUUGGCUGGAGAUCAACAAGCAGAGGACGAAAGAAGAACGAAAAGAGAAGAAGAAACGACAUCAGGAACGACUUAACGUUCAACAUACAGGUAUUUACUGUGUGGAGUGUAGGCGAUCGGAGAAACAGACCAAUGGGAACCUCUGUCUUAUAUGCGACGCCAAGAGACGGAGACGGGAACGAGAUAAACGCGAAAAGUCGGAUAAGGGGUUCCUGUUUGACGAUAUGACCCCAAGAAGGAAGAAGAAGCGCCAAGUUGAGGCUCUAGAUAUCGUGCCAGAGAACCCAAUAGCUAAUGUAGAUCCGGUAAAGGAGGAGGAGGAAGAGGAGCAGAAAACCGACAAUUAGACGCUAUACCACAAUAUUGGUCCAGAUACGGAAGACGGUUAAACAGAACGUCGGGACCGUUUACCAACUGAGAGAGCAAAGAUUCUGUGAUAAUUCAUGACGGAAUUCACUUAUUCAUUCGCCAUCGAUUAUUGUGUCUUUUUCAUUUUUAUUCAAUUGCUUGUUCAACACAAUCUUGUGUAUAUAUGUAUUAUCUGUUGCAUAAAAGUUGUCUUACGUUAUACGAAGACCGGAAUUUGCACAGAAAUUUAUCAGUUUCAUAAAAUGGAGUGUGUAUUAACAAUUUUACUAUAUGACUGUUCAUUAAUUGUCUAGAGUGUAUUGGAUGUAUAAGACAUUAUCCGUGGGAAAUACGUUGUUGUUUUAACGUUAUUCAACAUGUCAAUGAACUUAACACUUUAGUGGUGAUCGUGUCGGUAAUAUCACAGUCGUUUCCAAUAGAUGUAUUGUGACAACAAAAUGUAGCCACGGCUGAAUCCAUCAGCAGUCCGGUCUGCCAUACAUACUGUAAUAUUAUACAUUUUCGUCAGACUCGAAAUUCUUUUCAUUAUUUUUGUUUCAUGGGUAUUUGAUUUCGUGGAUUACUACAUCUUUACACCAUUGGAAUCCGCCAAUACUCAAACUUUCAACGGAAUUUCCAACAGUUCGUGAACCUGUAACUGACUGUAGCCACGAACUCAGCGAAAAUUUGUGAUUUUGCAGUAUUUUACCUUGAUGCAGAAAAACAGCAACUACAGUACGGCUUGAUUGUGUUAUCAAUAACUUGUCAAUCUAUUUUACAUAAAGAAACAAACCUUUCUCUUUGCGUAUCUCGUUAAACUAAGGAGUAUCGCCAGAUAUAACUGUGAUAGACUUAUAUCCUACUGUGAUAGCAGAUUAUUAUAAUUCAUGAGGAGAAAUAAACAAAUUUACU